GCUCUCCCAACCAAGGGACCUGCUGCUGCAGCUAUGUUAAUAUUUAUUACUUUACAGCGUGCCAUUGCCCUCUAUCAAAGGUGCUGGAUGUAUAAUUUAUAGCAUGUUCAUUAUCAACCCACAGCAAAGUAUAAAAGGGGAGGAAGAGUAACAGUUCAUCUAUCUGGGAAACGGAAGAGUAACAACAUUUCAUCCAUUGGCCAGGCGGGAGCUCGAGAGGCAAAAGUCUUUGAAAAGCAGGCAUCUCACAAGGAUACCAAGAUGAGUCUGCAGCCAAGCUUCUUCCUCCUGGGGCUGCUUCUGGCGAAAGUGACCACUACCCAAGCUGUUCUAGGAAAUGACACCUGGGAAGAAGAAACAUGGUCAGAGAUUCUGAAGAAUUUUUCAUUUCCCUGCAGACCAGAGGAGAUAGAAUCUAACUCUCCCUCAGAGUCAGUUCAUACCCUGAGAAUUUCUGAUAUCAAAGUCGUCGGGGCCAUUGGGAACCUGGAAAUUACCCCAGAUGCAAGCAUCGACCUGAAACAGCAAAAAUGGAUUGAAAGAAACCAAACUGAGACAUGCACGGAAGUGGUGACAGUUCUUUCAGAUUUUAUCAAGAGGUUCAGUCCAUCUGUGUUGCCACUUUCAUGUCCACCUGUUGAUGAGACUUUGCCAAGAGUUGGAAAUGAAUACCUGAUGGCACAGGCCACAGAACUGGUACAAGAUAUGAAAAAGAACAAGGAACUGAAUUUUCAUAAUGACUGGAAGCUCAUCAGUGUCUUCUUCAAUGCCCAGAUCCAGUGUCAUCCUUGUUUCUCCACCCAACAGGAUGAUCACAUGACCAGCAGCAUGCAAGAACUAACAGGAGUCUUGGACUAUUUGCAUCGGGAGGUCCCCAAAGCCUUUGUGAAUCUGGUGGAUGCCUCAGAAGCUUGGAUUAUGUCACAGCUGGAGGAUGGACCCAGGGACCUGAAGGAAGUGUGUGAAUGCUCAGAGGAUUAUUCUGAACUGGCCACAGCUUUGCAGAGAUGGUACUAUCAGAAUUCAUGGGAAAAAUUCCUGGCCUCAGGCAGAUAUGACACACAGGAUACUUUCACAGUAAUUUACCAACCUUUCUUCCAGGAAGUGGACGCUUCUCUUUUCCUGGGCAAUGAGACUUUUGGCCCUUCCCUGAACGAGUCAUCAGUUGUGCUUGCUUUGAACCUCUGGAAUGGCAUGAUGGAUCCAACGCUUGGGAAGGAAAAGUUAUUUUCAGAUGAAGAAGGAAUUACAGUGAAGUGUCCUACCGAGGAACAACCGUCUCUAUUCACCUACAUAAAUAGUCAUUACCACCCUGACUCACCACAAACCACCAACGAGCCUGAGAAGAGAGAAGGAGCAGAAAUUCGAUGUCCUCAUAUGGAUCCUUCCAAUUCAGUGCCCACUUCAGUUCAUAAUUUGAGACCUGCUGAUAUCAAGGUGAUAGGAGCGCUGGGAGACUCACUAACCGCAGGUAAUGGUGCAGGAUCCCAGCCUGGCGAUAUCAUUGAUGUCCUAACUCAGUACCGAGGUUUGUCUUGGAGUGUUGGAGGGAAUGAGAACAUCACUACCGUCGGUACCCUACCAAACAUCCUCAGGGAAUUCAACCCAUCCCUGACUGGCUUCUCCACUGGCACUGGAAACCAUCUCACCACAAAUGCCUUCCUAAAUCAGGCUGUGGCAGGAGCUCGAGCAGAGGAUCUGUCUAGCCAGGCUAGAAGAUUGGUGGACCUGAUGAAGAAUGAUACAAGCAUCAAUUUCCAAGAGGAUUGGAAGAUAAUAACCCUCUUUAUAGGAGGAAAUGACCUCUGUGGCUAUUGCAAUGACCUGGUUCGCUAUUCUCCUCAGAACUUUUCAGGAAACAUUAGGAAGGCUCUGGACAUCCUCCAUGAAGAGGUUCCCCGAGCCUUUGUGAAUCUUGUAAGUGUGCUAAGAAUCGACAGCCUGAGGGAGCUAUACCAGGAGGAGAAAGUUAACUGUCCAAAAUGGCUACUCAGCACCAUUUGCCCUUGUGUGGUGAGCUCUGAAGACAAUUCUACGAAACUCGCGGAACUCAUUGAGUUGAAUAAACAAUACCAGGUGGCUACUCAUCAGCUGGUUGACAGUGGGAGAUAUGAUACUAAGGAGGAUUUCACAGUGGUUUUGCAGCCAUUUAUGGAGAAAGUGAAUAUGCCCAAGACCACGGAGGGGUUGCCUGACACCUCUUUCUUUGCCCCAGAUUGUUUCCAUUUUGACCGCAAGACACAUGCACGUUCAGCCAGAGCUCUCUGGAACAACAUGCUGGAACCAGUUGGAGAGAAGAAUGAUGAAGUUCAGUUUGAAGUUAUUAUGGAUCUAAUUUGCCCUAGUCAGGAUCAGCCCUACCUUCGAACCUACAAGAACAGUAAUUACACGUAUCCAACGGCAGCAGCACCCACAGCAACACCAACAACCAGCAGCCCUAACCUGGAUUUGGGGAGCCAGCUGAAGUGUGAAGACACAACCCCCUCUACCUCGAUUCCCACCUCAGUACAUGCUCUGAAGCCAGCAGACAUUCAAGUUGUUGCAGCUGUGGGUGAUUCUCUGACCGCUGGAAAUGGAAUUCGCUCGAAACCAGACGAUCCUUCUGAUGUCACUACUCAAUAUCGGGGACUAUCAUACAGUGCAGGAGGUGAUGCCUCACUAGAAAGUGUGACCACCUUGCCUAAUAUCCUACGAAAGUUUAAUGGGAACCUAACAGGCUUCGCACUGGGCGAGGGGAAUGCUGAUGAUGCCAACACCUUCCUCAAUCAGGCGGUCCCAGGAGCAAAGGCUGAGGAACUUAUAAAGCAAGUCCAGACCCUGGUGCAGAAGAUGAAAACUGACCAGAGAAUUGAUUUCCCAGGAGACUGGAAGGUGGUCACUGUGCUUAUCAGGACUGAAGACCUUUGCAACUACUGUACUGACUCAAAUUUAUAUUCAGCCACCAAAUUUUCUGCUCACCUCCGAGACGCCUUGGACGUCUUGCACAAAGAGGUACCCAGAGCCUUGGUCAACCUCGUGGACUUUAUGAACCCAAUUAUCCUUCGGGAGGUGUUCCUGGGUAACCAAGAUAAGUGUCCAAUACUGCAGGCGAGCUCUUCAUGUAACUGCCUCCUGACAGUCAGAGAAGGUUCUCCAGAACUGGCCAGAAUGAAAGAAGUCAUCAAGUCCUAUCACAUCAGUAUUCGAGAGUUAGUGGAGUCGGGCCGCUAUGACACUCGAGAGGACUUCACAGUGGUACUGCAGCCUUUUUUGGAAAAUACCAGCCUUCCCUUCCAGCCGGAUGGAAGCCCAGAUGUCUCCUUCUUUGCCUCAGACUGUAUCCACCCAAAUCAGAAAUUCCACUCCCAGCUCUCCAGAGCCCUUUGGAACAGUAUGCUUGAACCAUUAGGGAAGAAGACAGAUUUCCUGGAUUUGGCAGCAGAUACAGCUCUAUCCUGCCCAACCCAGGAGGAGCCCUUCCUGAGGACCUACAGGAACAGUAACUACACAUACCCAGCCAAUCCUACUAUUGAGAAUUGGGGCAGUGACUUCCUGUGCCCUGAGCAGAAGUUAUCCAGCAGUGCUCCCACAUCAGUCCACCAGCUCGGGCCGGCUGACAUCCAGGUGGUUUCAGCUCUGGGAGAUUCACUGACCACAGCUGUAGGAGCUGCAGCAGAAAACGUCGCUAACCUGUCCACAGCUUGGAGGGGACUGUCCUGGAGCAUUGGAGGAGAUGGAGUCUUGGAAACUCACACCACUUUGCCAAAUAUUUUGAAGAAAUUUAACCCCCAUCUCCAUGGAUUUUCCACCGGCACCCAGAAAGAGACAGCUGGACUAAAUGUAGCAGCAGGAGGAGCCGUGGCACAGGACAUGCCAAGCCAGGCCCGUGAACUGGUGGAUAGAAUGAAGAACAGUUUGGAAAUCAACCUGGAACAAGACUGGAAGCUAAUCACCAUCUUUGUUGGAAGCAAUGACCUCUGUCACUACUGUGAAAACCCGGAGGCCCACUCAGUGAAAAAUUACGUAGAGUCCCUCCAACAAGCACUGGACAUCUUCUACAAAGAGCUGCCUCGAACCUUCAUUAACGUGGUACAAAUUAUGGAGCUGGUUGGUCUACGUCAGAUAAAAGGGGAAAAAUGUGAAGUGACGACUGAAUUCGUUUGCCCUUGCUUUGGAUAUUCCCUGGAUGAUUCUGAAUUGCAAGAAAUGCAGAACAUUAAUAGACAAUUCCAGAGCGGCAGCUCAAUGAUCGCCUACAGCCAACGAUACAUGGAGCGGGAGGACUUUGCUGUGGUGGUGCAGCCAUUCUUUCAAAACACUAUGGUCCCAUUUGAUGAUAAAGGAAAGCCAGACCUGAGCUUCUUCUCUGUGGAUUGUUUCCACUUCUCUGAGAGGGGACAUGCAGAGAUGGCCAUCGCCCUCUGGAACAACAUGUUGGAACCAGUAGGCCAGAAGCAGAACUACAACAACUUUACCUACAGCCGGACAAAAGUCAGGUGUCCAACAUCUGAUAACCCCUACUUCUAUACCUUGAGGAAUAGUGGGCUGUUUCCACAGGAAACCGACAAGUCCUCCAGGGUUCCCUACUGGGCCGUGCUGCUGGCUGCUGUUGCCAGCUUCGUGGCUGGCGUGGUGCUGGUGAUGGUGUGGAGGCCCGAGAGAUGCUCCAGGAGGGAAGAGAGCCCUAUAAACCUUGUGUCCAGAGUCUUUUAAGCAUCAUCUCCCACUGGAACUAUCUCAUAUCAAACUCCUCCCCCAAAGGCACUCCCCCAGGGUUCUCUGUACCUCACCCAUCCCUUGCCAACAUCCAGAUCAUUAAUUUCAAUGUCUGGUGACCACUGGAAUCCUCAGGGAACAGCAUCAGCAUUCUGGGGCUAGGUCUCCUGAAAUCACCACUUUGCGAGCCAUUUAAAAUCAAAGACAAAUUUUUUUUUAAAAAUAAAGGCAAAAGAGCCUCCCUACUCUUAGAUUAACCUGAUACAGAGCUUUGAAUGAAUGAAAAACAUUUAUUAAGCACUUUCUAUGUGUCAAGAAUUGUGCUAAGUGCAAAACAGUUCCUGACCUCAGGGAACUUACAUUUUAGUAGGGGGAACUGACACAUAUAAAGGAGCGAUGGCCAAGGAAGGUCUGAGAAUUCACAGGGACAA